AUGAAAAAGAUAUUCUGUGUUCUCUUUCCGUUCGCACUCUGCGUGUGGUGUGCCGGCGGGGUUGCGGCAGUGGAUGAGGAGAGGCGUGUAGAGGUGGCGAGUGUUGGUGGCUACGCCGUGAUGGCUGAUAGUGUCGCUGCACCUGCGGCUGGUGCUGUUCCUUGCCCUCCUGAGAGCGCUCCUCCCAAGGGAACGUGCACGGAUGCCAAUACAGAAGAUGAGGUGGUGGGCUCUGGCACUUGUGGAGAAGAAGGCCGGCUUGGUAGCUGUGGUCCUGCUAAGGAUCAAGGGUCUUGCAAGGGUAGUCCUCCAAAGGGUUGCCCGGGGUCCAAGGAGACUGGCGCAGAUGGUUUAUGUGCAGAAAAGGUGGGAACAAAUUGCACGACAUCUUCGGCGGUGGAGCCUAAAGCCACACCAGAUCCCGGUGAUGUCGAAGUGGCUGGCCCUGAAGAUUUUAACAAACCACCGUGCAAGGAUGGCCAGACUGAGAAAGAUGGCGCCUGUGUGCCUGGGGUAGAUCAAUCACAGCGGGGAGGGAGUGGGGAACACAUUGAUCGCGGUAUCAAAGGUACUCGAGGUGAGCCUGGGCCACCACCUAUAACUCUGAAGGAAAACGAAAAAAAAGAGAGAGAUAGCAGCGUUGAAAGAUGCGAUACCACUAAGCCGGGGAAGUGCACAGGGUCAUUGACUAAUAGCCUGCCUGACAGUUCUGAACCACAGCCUUCAACCCCGUUGCAACCGCAGACCGAUCCAGCAACGGCACCUGGAGGCACCUCGAACAACGGGAAAGCAAUUGAUGGCAAUAAGGGUCAACAAACUGCUCCACAGAACACGAGUCAUACUCCUAGUGGUGGUGGUGGCAGCACACAUGAGAAAACACAGGAAGAAAAGAACGAAGAGGCGAAGAAGCACGCGGAUACCAACAAUGGCCAAGGUAAUUCGGCGAGUGAAGUCAGCGGUACCUUCACAAGUACUAACGGUGGGGGGCCGGGUUCUGAUGCUUCCCCACCCUCAGAGCACAAUACCGAAGCUGCCAGUGCUGCUGAGGAUCAUUCCAAUUCGGAUCUUAUUCAGGCCUCUAAUAUUCACAGUGCAGGUAAAGAAAAUGAUUCCGUGCAAUCGUCCGCCACUUCAAUGCCUUCUUCAUCCAGUGCGCCAGCGGACACAAUCAGCACAACAAGCAGCAGUCCUGUUCCAGAGGAAGCCAAAGACACGAAGAAUGCGGACAGCAGCGUCAGCCCUGUGUGGGUGCAUGCACCGCUGCUUCUGCUGACGUUGUUUGCAGUGACGGCUGUGUCAUGA